AUGGGGGUCAGCAACUCUAUUCCUUAUGAUGAUGUGGACAACCAUGAGGCCUCAUCAUUUACUGUCACCGACUCCUUGGGUCUUGCAGGCCUGCCCUGCAAGUUCCUUAAUCCAGAGAUUAGCUGUGAAACAACAGAGGAAAUUCCAAAACUGAACAUUUCUGAGGGAGAGUCAUCGAAUGAAAGAUUCAAGGAUAAUACCAACAACUUCAAGUUAGUAGAAACCCGGCAAUGUGCUGUUAGAUUAGAGCAACAGCAGGGCAACAAUGAAAAACAAUGCCAGCAAAUAACAGUCACCUGCAGGAAAACAUCGACUAAGUUUAUUGCCAAUGAAUGUAAUGUAGUCGAGAAGGAAUUCCAUGUGGGGUCAAGCUCAUUUCCAAAAAAAAGAAUUCAUAGAAAGAAAAGUCUCCAUAAACAUGAUACAUGUGGAAAGAACUUUACACAUCAUUCAGAUGAAAGUAAGCAUGAAAGACUCUUUUCUAAGAAGAAACUCUGCAACUAUAAUAAAUUCAGUAAGUCAUUCCAUUACCAUUCACAUCUUAUGCAGCGUUAUAGAAAAUAUAAUGAAGAAAAAGCAUCUGAAUCUUAUGAGUGUGGGAAAAUCUUCAGCAACAGGUUGUCCCUUACAAUUCACACUACAGAGAAAUUUUUUAAGUGUAAUGAAUGUGGGAGAGCCUUCAGCUGUAAAUCUAGUCUUAUUUUAUAUCAGAGAAUUCAUUCUGGAGAGGAAUCUUUCAAAUGUAAUGAAUGUAUGAAAUCCUAUAAAAGGAAUACUAAAUCUAAAAGAUUUCAAAUUGAAGAGAAAUGUUUUGAAUGUAGUGAAUGUGGAAAAUCUUUCCGUCGUUUCAGAAACCUUGACAAACAUAAGUGCAUUCAUAGUAGAGAGAAAACUUUGGAAUGCAUUGUGUGUGGAAAAUAUUGUAGAAACCUUAAUAGACAUAAAAGAAUUCAUGCUGGAAAGAAAUCCUUUGAAUGUAAUGAAUGUGGAAAAUCCCUCAGUCAUUAUAGAAGCCUUUAUAGACACAAGAAAAUUCAUAGAGAGAAAAUCUUUGAAUGCCUUGAGUGUGGGAAGUACUUUAAUCAUGGCAAAAAACUUGACAAACAUAGAAGAGUUCAUACUGGAGAGAAACCCUUUGAAUGUAGUGAAUGUGGGAAAUCCUUUAGCUAUAGGACCCUGCUUACUCAUCAUUACAGAAUUCACACUGGAGAGAAACCCUUUAAAUGUAAUGAAUGUGGGAAAUCCUUUAGAGGGCGUGGACACUUGAAUAGACAUAAGAUAAUUCACACUGGAGAGAAAUCCUUUGAAUGUAAUGAAUGUGGAGAAUCUUUUAGGAGGAGUGAAUCCCUUAAUAAUCAUAAGAGAAUUCAUACUGGAGAAAAACCCUUUAAAUGUAAUGAAUGUGGAGAAUCCUUUAGAAGGAAUGAAUAUCUUACAAAACAUAAGAGAAUUCAUACCGGAGAGAAACCCUUUAAAUGUAAAGACUGUGGGAGAUAUUUUAGAAGAAGUGAAUCUCUUACCAAACAUAAGAGAAUUCACACUGGAGAGAAACCUUUCAAAUGUGAUGAUUGUGGGAAAUACUUUAGAAGGAGUGACUCUCUUACUACGCAUAAGAGAAUUCAUACUGGAGAGAAACCAUUUAAAUGUAGUGAGUGUGGGAAAUCCUUUAAACAGUAUGGAAACCUUAGUAGCCAUAGGAGAAUUCACAGUGGAGAGAAGCCCUUUGAAUGUAGUGACUGUGGAAAGUCCUUUCGUUCCCCACUAUGGGGAGGGGGAAAGAACGAAGCUGAAGAGGAUGUCGGAGGGGGGAGGGAGAUGGGAAAAGUGACCCACCUUAUUCAGUAUCAUAGAAUACAUACUGUAGAUAGACCAUAUGAAUGUAAUGAAUGUGGAAAAUCUUUCACCAACAAUUCAAUCCUUAGAAACCACCAGAGAAUUCACACUGGAGAGAAACCUUAUAAUUGUAAUGAAUGUGGUAAAGCCUUCAAUCAGAGAGGUCACCUUACUGAACAUCAGAGAAUUCAUACUGGAGAGAAACCCUACAUCUGUAAUGAAUGUGGGAAAGCCUUCAGUAACAAUUCAAUACUUCGGAGUCAUCAGAGAAUUCAUACUGGAGAGAAGCCCUACAAAUGUAAUGAAUGUGGGAAAACAUUCAACCAGAGGGGCCACCUUAAUGAACAUCAGAGAAUUCAUACUGGAGAAAAGCCUUUUGAAUGUGCUGAAUGUGGGAAAGCUUUCAGUCAUAGAGUAUAUCUUACUCUACAUCAGAGAAUUCAUACUGGAGAAAAACCAUAUAAAUGUAAUGAAUGUGGGAAGGCCUUCAGCCAGAGGGGUCACCUUACUGAACAUCAGAGAAUUCAUACUGGAGAGAAACCCUACAUCUGUAAUGAAUGUGGGAAAGCCUUUAGCAACAACUCAAUUCUUAGGAAUCAUCAAAGAAUUCAUUCUGGUGAGAGACCUUAUAAAUGUGAUGAAUGUGGAAAAACCUUUAACCAGACAAGACAUCUUAUUCAGCAUCAGAGAAUUCAUACCGGUGAGAAACCUUUUGCAUGCACUGAGUGUGGAAAAGCUUUCAGUCAUAGGGUAUACCUUACUUUACAUCAGAGAACUCAUACUGGAGAGAAACCCUAUAAGUGUAAUGAAUGUGGGAAAACCUUUAGCCAGAGGGGCCAUCAUACUGAGCACCAGAGAGUUCAUACUGGAGAGAAGCCCUACAUCUGUAAUGAAUGUGGGAAAGCCUUUAGCAAUAAUUCAAUCCUUAAGAAUCACCAGAGAAUUCAUACUGGAGAAAAACCCUAUAACUGUAAUCAUUGUGAGAAAGCAUUCAAACAGAAGAGGCACCUUACUGAUCAUCAGAGAGUUCAUACUGGAGAAAAAUUUUUAAAACAGAAACUCUUUGAGUGUAAUGAGUGUGGUAAAAAUUUCAGCAAAAGUCUCCACUUGAUUGAACAUCAGAGAAUUCAUACAGGACAGAAAACCUUUCAGUGUAAUAUAUGUGGGAAAGACUUCAGCCAGAAGGGUCAUCUUACUGAACACAAGAGAAUCCAUACUGGAGAGAAGCUCUUUGAAUGCAGUGUGUGUAGGAAGGGCUUUAGUCAUCGGACAUCCUUUAUUAAUCAUCAGAAGAUUCAUUCUGGAGAGAAACCCUAUGAAUGCAAUGAAUGUGGAAAAGCUUUCAGCAAUAACUCAAGCCUUUGGAAUCAUCAUAGAAUUCAUACAGGGGAGAAACCCUUUGAAUGCAAUGAAUGUGGAAAAGCCUUCAGCCAGAGGGGACACCUUACUGAACAUCAAAAAAUUCAUACUGGGGAGAAACCCUUUGAGUGUAAUGAAUGUGGGAAACACUUCAGCCAUAAAACAUCUUUCAUUAAUCAUCACAGAAUUCAUACUGGAGAGAAACCCUAUGAAUGCAACGAAUGUGGAAAAACCUUCAGAAGUAAUUCAGUCCUCAGAGAUCAUGAAAGAAUACACACUGGAGAAAAGCCCUUUGAGUGUAAUGAAUGUGGAAAAGCUUUCCGUCAGAGGGGACACCUUGCUGAACACAGAAGAAUCCAUACUGGAAAGAAACCCUUUGAAUGUAAGGAAUGUGGGAAAGCCUUUAGCACCAGCUCAACUCUGAGGAAACAUCUUUAUUCUGUUAUUCUGAAGAUGGGAUGUGACAACUUGGAGUCAACACUAAAGGAGGAUAUUUCUCUGAGAGAGUCAUCAAAGGAUAAAGCUGGCCAAGCAUCAAAGAAUUCAUAUUGUGGUGAAACUCUGCAUCCGUAUGAAUGUGGGAAAGCCUUUAAGAAGAGAUCCAGCCUUAAAAAAUAUGAGAGAAUUCAUACUAGAAAGAAGCCUUUUGAAUGUCCUAAAUGUGGGGAAAUGUUUAGUGAUGAGAAAUUUCUGCAUGAGAAAAACCAUUCUGUGGAUGAAAAAGAUUUAAAGUGUAAGAAAUGUGGCAAAAUCUUCAAGCAAAGGUACUAUCUUAAUGUUCAUCAGAUCAUUCAUACUGGAGAGAAACCUUUUGAAUGUACUCAAUGUAAGAAAACUUUCAGCCACAGGGCAGCUCUUAGUCGACAUAAAAUAAUUCAUACUGGAGGGAAGCCUGUGAAGUGCACACAAUGUGAGAAAGCUUUCCGCCACAGGUCAUCAUUAACUCGACAUUAG